AUGGACCAUGCGUUCCUAUUCUGUGAUACUCACUUCUCCACGGGGUUUGUGGAUAUCAUAAGUUCUAAAACUCCAUUCUUCCUUGAUCCUUGGACAGGAACUGAGAAGCCAGUGCUUAACUACCGGCGUCUAGGAGAUCGCAUUACCAUUCCUCUCAGUCUCGCUGGUAAUCAGACGGUUAUCAUAGGAUUUUCUGACAAUAAGCAGGGCCUCAGCGGGCACGUCACCAAGCUUCCCUCCACGGUAAUUGGCUAUGACUAUUCCAAGACCGGUACAAAUUUGCAUAUUGCCUUUAGCUCGACAAAUCAAUCGCUUAAACUUGCAAUGGAACAAAAGUCCGCCUUCCAAGCAAGCGUAUCGCCAGACCAUCAAAGAUUUCCAACUAGACACUCAUCGCCGAACACUGGGAAGCACCAGGUAAUCUAUCUGACGCAGCCACAAUUGCGGUCAAGUACAACACUACCCACCAUCUUUCAGCUCUAG